AUGUGCGUGAGAGUAUUUGUAAGGAAGUGUGUAAGUGAGAGUGAAAAGUGCAAGGCUAUCAUCAGCGAAGGCUCCCACGUGCAGCUGUCGGCGAGCUCGUACAUGCCGUGGCGCCGUCGGAAGUCCUGCCAGCCGAAGGACGCCGCCCUCCACUCUCACAGGGCCUGGUGCGCCCGCAGGAACAACGAACACCAGUGGCUUCAGUGGGACCUGGGGCCGCCCCACCUCGUGACAGGGGUGAUCACGCGCGGCAGGGGAGACAAGGGGCGGAAGCACUGGAUCCAGGCGUACACACUCACCUAUUCCAACGACUCCAAGGUGUGGUUCACCUACAAGGACGGCAACCAUUUGGAUACCAAGGUAUUCGGAGGCAACCUGGACAAGCACACGGAGAGGAGACACUACCUCAACACGCCCUUCAAGGCUCGCUACAUACGCCUCCACCCGCGGCGCUGGCACAGGGCGAUAGCGGUGCGGGCGGCGCUGCUGGGGUGCCCGCACAAGGGCGACUGUGGCCCGGGCUUCUUCAGGGUCACGCCGGAUACCAGCUGCACCCGCUGGUACGGCAUACGCAUCAUGGCCACUGUAAUUUUAGUUAAUGAAUUGCGUUACAGAGAUGGCUCCACGAGAGCUUUGGUCACCAAGGAGUCCGAUAUUAGUGCUAUCCAGGACUUUGGAGGCCUGCUAGGAGGUCCUACUCAGUCGGUGCGCUUGCGGUGA